AAAGAGAGGAAGAAGAAGAAGAAGAAGAAGGGUUUACAUGGCUUCAAAGGCCUUCUCCAAGUCAUUGCUCUCCUUCUACCGCUCUCUCCGAAGCAGGCUGGCCAACCCACUGUCCCUCCACAGAAGAGAGCUCCAUCUAAAGCUACAGAAGAAUCAUCUCUCCUUGUGCCACCUCCAUGACCAAGCCCUAGUGCUAGACGUGGAGGGAGGCCUCCUGAGGUCCUCGUCCACUUUCCCUUACUUCAUGCUUGUGGCCUUGGAAGCAGGGUGCAUCUUGAGAGGCCUCAUCCUCUUGCUUCUCUACCCUUUGCUGUGUUGCUUGAGCCAGGAGGUGGGCUUACAGAUCAUGGUGCUGGUGUGCUUCCUUGGGAUCAGAAAGCAGGGGUUCAGGACAGGGAUAGCGGUCCUCCCCAAACACUUGCUGGAGGAUGUGGGGCUGGAAGGGUUUGAGGUGUUGAGGAUGGCAGGGAAGAAGGUCUGUGUCAGUGGCAUGCCCAGUGUCAUGGUGGAAGGGUUCCUCAAGGAGUACUUGGAGGUGGAUUUGGUGGUGGCAAGGGAGCUGAAGGUCUUCAAUGGCUACUAUACUGGGUUAAUGGAGGAAGACAGCUACUUGGGUUUGGAGAAUGCAUUUGGUGAAGAAGCCAUUGGGUUUGGAAGCUACAUCAAAUCUCCUCAGCACCAACUUUUCUCUCAUUGCAAGGAAAUGCACCUGGUGACUGAAGCUGAGAAGAAGAACUGGCAGAGGUUGCCGAGAGAAGAGUACCCAAAGGCAAUGGUGUUCCACGACGGCAGAAUGGCGUUCAAGCCCACACCAAUGGCCACACUCGCCAUGUUCGUCUGGUUCCCUUUCGGCGUCUCCCUCUCCAUCCUUAGGACCAUCGUCUUCGUCUCCUUGCCCUACACCAUCUCCAUCCCUAUCGGAUCAGCCACCGGAAUGACGAACCGGGUCCUGAACCCUCACGCAUCCGCCGACGACCGACAACACAAGCUCUACGUCUGCAACCACAGGACCCUCCUUGAUCCGGUCUACAUCUCCGUCAUGCUCAACAAGCUCGUCGUCGCCGUCACCUACAGCGUCAGCCCGAUAACCGAAGCCCUGUCUCCGAUCAGGACGGUGAGACUCACGCGAAGCAAGGAGGAGGACAGGCGGAAGAUGGAGAGGCUGCUGAGCCAGGGAGACCUGGUGGUGUGCCCCGAGGGCACCACGUGCAGGGAACCCUAUCUGCUAAGGUUCAGCCCGCUGUUCGUCGAGCUGGCCGAGGAGGUGGUGCCGGUGGCGUUGGCCGCCAGGGUCGGCAUGUUCUACGGCACGACGGCGAGCGGGUUCAAGUUCUUGGACUCCUUCUUCUUCCUCAUGAACCCACGGCCGGAGUACCACCUCGAGUUCCUGCAGAAGAUACCGACGGGGUGCCUGCGCAGGAGGAGCGGCAGCAGCUAUGAGGUUGCCAACCUUGUGCAGCGUGAAAUCGGAAGCGCUCUGGGGUUUCGGUGCACUGCACUCACGAGGAAGGACAAGUACGUGAUUCUUGCUGGGAACGAAGGCACUGUGAAGGCCAAGACAUAAACAGACAAUAUAAAUAGAAUUAAAUUGGCAAAUAAGCAACUAUUUCUCUUAA